AGCUGCGAAGAAGAAAAGGCGGAUGUGACGUCAUAUACAACCCUCCUAUUCACGGAAAACCUGACUUUAAUGUUGGAAAGCAACCGGAAGUGGAUGAAUCCAUCGUCAGCACCAAUGGAGAAGUCCCAGAGGACCUUUUGGAGGACACCCCGAGCCUGCAGUGACUACUGGAGUGAAUAUAAACAUUGUAAAAGCUUGCGGAAUCGUUUUCACCAAUACUACACUUACGGUACCGUCCCGUCCUGCAUGCAGUGGAAAGAGGACUACAACAACUGCACUGUGUGGGAGAAAAACCAAGGCACUGAAGCCAAGGAAGCACUGCGGAGGAGUGAAAGGGACAGACUGGCAGAGCAGAGGAAGUUCACCCCGGUGUGGGAGUUGAGGCAAAAUCCACCAAGUGAUUGGCACUUGCCCCUCAACCAGGAAAGACCUCAGGAUUCUUGACCUCUCACCGACAAACCUGAAAACUGUAAAUUACACAUCGUACUGUAUUUCACGACAAAUGAGUGUUAUCGUUCUCAAGUGGUAAACACUAUUUGUGUUUGGGUGUUGUGUAAUGUAUGUGAAAAAAGCUCAUUAAAUAAUAUUUACAGUGGUGGGCAAGCUACUUGGAAAAUGUAAUAAGCUAAGCUACAUGCUACAGGGGAAGCUAUCCCGGAGAAUUUUAGGAAAUUACAUGGCAAAAGUAGCUUGCUACAUUUAACGGCAUUUAUAUCAAUGGGCCCACAUGUAUAAUAUCAAUGUUUAUGUCACAGAGUACAAAUGGACCCAUUAAGGGUCCAUUGCUAUUAACUAUCUGUCAUUUAGCUGGAGACACCCUACAACCCGCACCUCCCUGUAUGUAUUUAUUUAGUUUGCCCUUUGGCCCACCCCUAUGGUAGUUAUUUUCUGUACCUACGUUAAAAAAACAGCAUCUAUCUAUAUCGUGACAAAAAAAACACAGUGACUUGUGUGUUGUUUUGGAACAGUUGGUAAUUUUUAUGUGCAAGUAAAACAUUUCAUGA